AUGGAGGGCCGCCAGAUGUCAUGUGAUGGUGCGCGAUGGUGUGCGGUGUUAUGUGGCAUGCGGUGGUGGUAUGUAGCGUGUGAUGGUAUGUGGCAUUCUGUGGUGUGUCUCACUGUUGAUAUCUGCCCACCGCUCCCUCUGCUUCUCUCCAUCUCUCUCCACCGCGCUCCACCCCAUCAGCUGCUGUAUCGGCUGAGAGACCUCUGCCUGCGGGAGCUGGGCUUUGAAGACAUUUACAGACACGCCAAGGACGAGUCAACAAGCAUGGCCCUGCAGCAGCUACCAGCCGUCCUUGCAUCCAUAGAUGACAUCAGCGAUGACGUCACCCGCUCCGAAGCCCUCAUCCGGGGCAUGCUGGCCGGCAAUCUGGUCACGCUGGACGGCGCGGACCCCUCGGUUGGGUCGGCAGACUUUUUGUCUGUUACUGACAGUCUGCCGGCCAAACCGUGGACGGCAGAUGACAUGGGGGCGGCGGUGCAGGCAUGGAGCAACCAAGGGGAGGGCAAGUGGAACAAGGCAGUUCUGCUGUGUGCAGGGGCGGGCAGGGAGACGGCACUGGGGGUGCUACCAGCAGUGAGGGACUUGACCAGGCGAGGUGUGCAGGUGCUUCUGGUGGCGCCAGACAUGCCUUCAGGUGCCGCCAUUACACACGAGGACCUGAUGAAUCUCCUGAAGCAGGUGCAAGCAGCAGCACCAGAGGAUGACCUCAGCACGGCCAUCAGCAACAGUCGCAUUCUUGUCCUCAACUCCGGGUCUGACCUGCAGGCUCUGGACCUAUCUGCCGUUUCACCUGAGCUCGGCUAUGCUGCAUCGGAUGCAGAUGUCAUCAUCUUGCACGGCCAGACCCAUGCAUGGGAGACCAACUUCACUGCGAGGUUCAAGUGCCCGUCUCUUCGGGUUGCACUGGUACAACAACGUGUCGGCAAUCCCGGGGAGACGGACCCCGUCCUCAGCUCAGCUUGUUCCUGUCUUCCGAAGCUCUUCAACUCGGUUCGUCUGACAAUUUUUCUCGCCGCGAUCUGCCGCCGCUGCGAUGUGGAUGGCGGCGCGACAGCGAGCCGCCUCAGCGCGACAGCUCGGCGCGCCGGCGUUGCCACUGUUGUUGCUACUGCUGCUCGGUUUCACGGCUCCGCGCACUGUUUCCGCUCCCAUCCCGCUCUGCUCUGCUCCUCCUACUUUCUCGCGCGCCUGGUGGACGGCGAGUCACGAGCGGCCAUCUUCCUCAGCAUCUCUCCGCCCGGCAGUCCAGGGGCGGGCAUGAUCGUCGCGUACCGUCUCUUCACAGCCCUCGCGUCCGGCCCGCCCGCUUCCCUCUCCUUCACGAAUACCACCGUCCCCGGGUGCGACCCGGCCAAGUGCAGCCUCGCGCCGGGCGCCAUCACGUGGCGCAGCGCGGGCGUCCCCUCCGUGUACGAGAGCUACAACGGCAUAUUCUGGUGUUCGCCCGGAAACGAGCGCUACAAUGUGUACAUCCAGAUUCUCGCGGGGAGCUACCCGAACGUGGCGAUGACGUACACUGAUCCGCAGACGGGCGCUGCGCGCACGGCGGUGUCGGAGCCGUUCAAGCCCACCACCUUCUCGCAGUAUGGCAUCGGCAUCCCCAUGACAUCCCUCACGUACAACUUCAAAGUCCGCUUCUCCUCCUACAUGCCCGGAGGCGCCAACCUCUCUCUCGCCCUCAAGAGUGACGGAUACACGUACCGACUGGACUACACGUGGAUGGCAGUGGCGCCAACAGAGGAGCCCGUCACCAGCCGUCUCAUCAUCUUCUACGAGACCUCUGCACCCGCCACUACCUCUCCUUCCACCGGCCGCCGCCGCCUCCUCAGUGUUGACCCUCCUCCCGCUGGGACAGCGGUGAGCAGCAGUGGCAGUAGCAGCACGGACCAGAAGACAAAGGAGGAGGCGCGGAAGGAGAGAGAGGCAGCGAUCGCGGCGAGAAAGGAGGCCAUUGCAGAGAGGAAGGCGGCGAUUGCGGCGAGGGAGGAGGCGAAGCGGGAGAGGGAGCAGGCAAAAGAGGAGGCGCGGAAAGCCAAGGAGGAGGCAAUUGCAAAGAAGGAAGCAGCAAAGAAAGCCAAGGAGGAGGCGAUUGCAAAGCGGGACGCGGCAAAGAAGGCGAAAGAGGAGGCUAUCGCAAACAAGGAGGCGGCCAAGCUGGCGAAGGAGCAGGCGAUUGCCAAGAAGAAAGAGGCUAUUGCGAUCAGGGAGGCGGCGAAGGCGGAGAAGGAGAAGAAGACACCCCCAUCGCCUCCGCCCUCCCCGUCUUCCCCUCCGCCCUCCCCUCCACCAUCCCCCCCUCCGCCUUCCCCUCCGCCACCAUCCCCACCCCCAUCCCCUCCACCCUCCCCGCCGCCCUCCCCACCUCCAUCCCCACCCUCCCCUCCCCCGUCCCCUCCCCCAUCCCCGCCCCCAUCCCCUCCUCCUCCUGCUGCUCCCACCGUCGCAUCUGUUUCCCUCCCUCUCGGCGGCUACUCCAACACCUGCCCUCCCGGCACCGAUUGCCCUAUUUUCUACGCCGUCAUUGGCGCGCAGCAGUGGUUCUUCUCACCCGCAUGGGGUUACCCCACCCAAGAGGCUCGCGAGGCGAACCCCAUGUAUGUUGCGCUGACGGCGCUGAUGCAGUAUGCGCAGACCGGGGUUAAGGGGCGGCUGGUGAACGCUAGCAUGAAGCUGGAGGCGGCUGGGAGUGGCAAUGGGCCGAACGAUUUGCUGCAGCGAUAUUAG